GGGGCAUUUGGAAAGUCCUUCCCAAUCUGUUAUCAGCAGCCGAUGGAGUCUUGGCACCGCACCAGCCGCUGCGUGUCAAGUCUUAUCGCGCCAGCCCGUCAAAUCUCUCCCGAUCUUAUCAACCGUCGCUCUUUUCCCUCUAUUCCACUAUCAGCCCCAUACCUCAUCUACCCCAUUUGCUUCCACCCUCCUUUUCGAUCCCCUCAUCUUUUUCUACAAUGGCGACGACCUUGGCUGAUCAGAAGCGCCCUCAAUUACAGCCCGUGUGCCAGAAUUGUGGUACUUCCACCACGCCCUUGUGGCGCCGGGAUGAACUCGGUUCGGUCCUCUGCAACGCCUGUGGCUUAUUCCUGAAGCUCCACGGAAGACCCCGUCCGAUAAGCUUGAAAACCGAUGUGAUCAAAAGUCGCAAUAGGGUCAAGACCGCGGGUCAGGGCCCUAAGCGUAAGUCCAGCAGUGCCGUUGAUGCAAAUGGACUUUCCACGUCCAGAUCAGAGGCCGGUACUCCCCCACUUGGAUCUCAUGGAUAUCGUCGCGCGUCGCGGAAGAUGUCACCCGGCCAUUCGGAUCGUUCCAACUCACCAGUCUCCCGAACAGAAACGCCUGGUCUUCCUCCGAUGCAACAGCAGCAGCUCCCGCCGCAGCAUAACUCCAACAUCGCGCCGCAGCAUAUGUUCGACAGCGUUACCCUGGGAGAUCACGGUCUGAACAAUGGGCUGUCGUCUGGGCAACUUCGCCAGCAGUCUCCCACCUCGACGUCUGCGGCCGUGGACCGCCACAACGAGUCUCCUCAGACAAUUGAGGGGCUCUUGGCAGCGAACACAUCGUUGAAGACCCGCGUGCGAGAAUUGGAGUUUGUCAAUGACCUUUUUAGGGGCCGGGUAACGGAACUCGAACAGAGCGAUGCUGCCGCGCGCCGGUCCGAGAUGAUCGCCCGCGACUCGGAAUCGCGCCUUAAACGAGCCCUCGAGGAAGCGCAACGGCGUGAAGAAGACCUUAAGCGUCGAGUGUCUGAACUGGAACGUCACGUUGGUGAAGCCAGUAAUGGCAAUCCUGACGAAGAUGAAAGUUCUGGUGAGCCAAUGGCGAAACGGAUGAGGCUGUCUGAUGUGGUAGAUCAACCCUCCACUUCUCCUACCAAAUCGCCAAAGAGCUUCUAACCACAGGGAUCACAGGGAUCGAACGACGGUUCGUGAAUCUCACCGGCCCCCUCGAUUCGUGCAAAAACGAAAUGCAACCGCUUUGCUGAGUUCUCUGAUCUACCUUGGUCUUUUUGAUACCCUUUACGUGUCUUGUCAUUUGGCUGGAUGUAUAUCGGAUUAAAACUAAUAACUCUCCCUUCCAAUACUUCAAUUCUUUAUUCAUUUGUUUCUUUAUUUCACAUCUUUAUUGCUCUUGGAUUGCCGAGCACUUUGAAUUCCGGUACGGGACGGAGGAGAUCAUUGUGGGACAGCAAACCGCGGAAUCGCGAAAACGUUCAUAUGAAGAAAAGGAGAUUUCAAAGCAAAGGGGGGCAGCCUUUGUUCAGUUGUUUUGUGUUUAUUAUUCCCAAUUGUUUUGUUUUUCUUUUUUU